UAAAGUAUUACUACUUUAUCCAAUGGACAUUAUUAGUAGAUUUUAGCCUCGUCCUGCAUUCAUAUGAUCCUACUUUUUGCACAGAAAAAUCUACUAGAACUUAUUCCGUUUAUAAGCAAAAUGUUCAUCUUUCUGUAUCUCUGUUUAUCGGUUUUCGAGUUCGUCUUCGCUAACGAAUCUUGUAAUUGUACGCAAGAAUUACAUCCAAUAUGCGCUUCAGAUGGGAGAGUUUACAAAAAUCGUUGUGAAUAUGAUUGUUUUAACAUCUACAAUAACACAUUCACCGAAAAGCCAAGAUACUUCUGCACAGAGAUGUGUCCAGUACCUCUGAAAAUUGCUCCAGUAUGUGGAUCCAACAAGAAGACAUACGUCAACAGAUUUUCAGCAGAAUGUGAACAGAAGGCUUAUCCAGAACUCGAUAUCACAUUUGUGCCUGCUAAGAAGCUAGAAAAUUCAUCCUUCAUACCGGAAUACGAAAAAUGCAAGCAUGAGUGUUAUUGUGAAAAUAAACCGAACGAAAGGUCUGUGUGCUCCUCGUCAGGUCAAGUUUUCAAAAACACUUGUGAAUUCCAUUGUGCCCAGAAGUUUUGGUAUAAAAAGUUGCAUUUGAAAGAGGUCGAUCCCGAAUAUUGUGAGAAAUUCAAUAUGUUUGCGGUGGAAAUUGAAAAAAUGUUACUAUAGUGAGAAUAA